AUGGGCGACGAUUCCAAGUGGUUGGAGUCAUUAGGCGCAACGGGAGUGCCUGAUUCGAUCUUGAAGAAGGUGUCCUCGAGUUAUUGCUCCCUCCAAGUGUUUGCGCAUUCCUUCGACGAGAAAGCGCAUUUGGACUUGUUUGCUCACUCGCUGCUGAAGGAGGCCAAGUUGGUUCCAGAGGAAGCAGCAGAUGUGACUUGGAAGUUUCAUCCUGUGCUGGGAUCCCUGCGUGCGCUGUGGGUAAAAGCACGUGCUAGCAUUGCCGCUGGUCCGUUGCCUGCGGCCGGCAGCUUGCCGCCAGCACCUUUCCCACCCGCAGCACCUGCGCUCAAUGCGUCCUCAUUACUCUCUCUUGGUGUCCCUCAGCAGCGUUUAAACACAGCUGAGCGUGACAAGCUGAAGCGUGCCUUCGAAAAGUCUUACUCGGGAGUGGUCCUUGCUCCUUCGACGCUGCCGGGCCUUAGUUUCCUGCAGUGUGUGCAGUCCCAGUGCGCGUCUAAAUCUUGGGAGUGGCUGUGUUGGAAGCGUGUCCUCAGCGAAGAAAAUGUCGGGCAGAUCAAGGACAGGAAGCGUGGAAGCCAGCCCCUUGAGGUCGCCGACCUAUUGGCCCAUGCAGCUGGCUUGGUGCAUGACGAACUUGAUAUUGAUCUCGGUGGUUCAGCUUAUCGUGUGGAAAAGCUGCUGACUGUGCGCUCCCACGCGUACUGCAUGUGCGGCGCAGGGCAUUUGUCUUCUUGGGGGUUGUACACCCAGGCCUUUAUGGCUCUGUACACCAAAAAGCCACCGGAGGGCUUCCGGGCACCAAACAUUCAGGAAGCCGAAGAAGCGGACAAAUGUGCCAUGUGUGCGGUGUUUGAAUUAGCCUUUGAGGGUUCGUCCUUGGAUGAUGCAUUUGCCACUGUCGUCACGGACCGAGGCAUGCUGCGUGGCUUGCUUGUUCCCCAGCCCCGUGUGAUCAAGGGCCCAAACAAGCCCACGCCAACCCUCAAGGACCCCAGGCAGCCUCCUCCUCCUCCCACGCCCAAGGGUCCGAAACGGAAGAAUCAGAACACUGAGCUGGCGCCUGCCAAGAGAGUCAAGAAUGCCUUCUGCAAUGCCUUCCAGGAGGGCAAGUGCUCCCGCUCUGCGGAUGACUGUCGUCCAGCUGUAGAGGACCAUCCUGCGUCGGGUGGACGCUGUGUCCGAUUGAAGAGUGCGUCAGCGUAUUCUGAAGUGACACCUCAUCUGCCUGACCGAUCGGGCGUGUUUCCGAUCUCAGUUCCUGAUACUGUGUGUGAGGCAGCGUUGUGUCCUGUUCCCAGACAUUGUACUGCACAGCCGGCGAAGACUGUCUCUUCUGCGCCCGAUGUCAUUCAGUCGGUGCCUGCGUGGGAUCAUCAGCCUCGACUGCACAUCCCUGACGGCGGCGGGAACGGGUCCAGUGCUGCGUGGCACUCCCCGUCCCUGUUGGAUUCUGCAAGCGCAGACUGCCUUUUCUCAGCCGAUGAGAUUGGGAAGCUUCGCAAUUGCCUAGUGGAGUUUGUAUGCGCGAAAGGAUUCCCUUGCACUGCGGCGAUUGCUGAGUUCCAGCCAUUGCUGCUAGACGUUUGGGAAGCUUUAUGCAAGAUGACCGGUGACAUUGACUCCAUCUUGCCUUCCGUCCUGCGCGAGGGCGUGCCCACCGGCAUUCUACAACCCAUCCCACCGUCCGGGGUUUGGGACCCUGUUGAAGCUGCCGAGCCCACCUUGCCAGAGGAACUCCUUGUGCACCUUGAGCCUUGGCGCAGCAGGUCAGAGGAUCCUGCUCUAACCAGGAAAUUAUUGCAGAAGGACAUCGAUGCCGGGCACUUGUUCGAGGUAGUUGGCGGUGAGUCCGCUGCACGCUCUCGCUGGGGGAAAAACUUGGCAGCCGGAAAACUUGGUGUUGUGCAUGCUGCAGGUAAAAACCCCAGGUUAAUUGGCGAUGGCUCUGUGAGUGGUGCCAACGCCAUGUGUCUCAUCCUCGAGAAGGUGCACCUUCCAACCUUGCAUUCACUGCAGCGCUUCCUCAGUUCUGCCCCGCCGGGGUCUUGCUGGACGGCGCUUUGCUUCGAUGUGCGCGGAGCACACAAGCUUGUCACUGUGCGGGAAGCAGAGCGUGGCUUUAGCUGUUUUGUUCUUGAGGGGAAGUGGUAUUGCUAUCGUUCCUGCUAUUUUGGAUGCAGGUGGGCUGCGUACUGGUUCUCCAGGUUAGGCGGGAUGCUGGUUAGGUUCCUACAUCAAUUCGUCCGCAUUCCGCACGGGCUUAUGUUGUACGUGGACGACGGCAUUUUGCUUGUGCCUUCUAGCGUUGCCCCGCUGGUCGCUGCAACCAGCGUCAUGUUUUUGUGCAGUUUGGGCAUCCCCCUAAGUUGGGAGAAGCUGAAGUUCUCCCAGCAACUCUCCUGGAUCGGCUGGCGGUUCCAGUUCGAUUCUUUCACUGCUGUCCUGCCCGAAGCCAAGGCCGAGAAGUGCGUUGGACUUCUCCAGCCUCUACUUAGGUCGGGAGUCAAGAUGCUGCGUAAAGAUGUGGAGCGCGUGAUAGGACUGCUCUUGUGGUUCACGUGCGGCGCCUUCUGGCUGCGCCCCUGGCUGCAAAGCUUCUAUGCACUGCUGCAUAAGCCCUUGACGACUUGUCGCCUCUUGACGCUGGAGCAGUUUGGUGAUCUGCUAGAUCACCUCAGCGAUCGGCUCGUUGUUCAUGGCAGUGUGCCUUGCUGUGAUAUUCUCGAUGGCUGGAAGCUGCAUUCAGUUAACAACACGGUAGUUCGCUCCCUUGAUGCCCCCGCCUUGCAGUGCCCGCGGGUUAAGGGCGGUCAGGUCUCGGUGGUGUUUUUCGAGUAUGGGAGCAGGUUUGUUCGGCCGAACUCUGACUGCGCCUUCGCCGCCAAACUCUUCCUUCGGUCAGUUUCAGAGCGUGUGCAGAUUCCCCUUGUCAUUGCGCCGGCGUGCCCUACUGUGUGUGCCGCGGACGCUUUCGCCACCCGCGACCGUGCAGGUAUAGGUGAGGAAGCGAAGGUCAUAUUGGGGCGGAUGUUGGCCAAAGAUGCUUGCGAGGAUGACGUCCAAGCUUUCUGGUGUCUGGUGUCAAAUGCUGAGAGCAUUGUACGUCCAUGUUGGUCAUGUUCAUCAGCAAGACACUCUUCGCUCUGGGCAGGGGUGGCUGUGAAGCGUGCUCGCAUAGACAGAUGCAGCCCACUGUUGUCGCAGCCGUCUUGUAGCAGUCUAGGUGUCAGUGCAGUUGUGGUGCUCUUCAAGACACAAGCUGCUGCUCGUCGACCGGCUCGCUGGACUGCGCAAAGCGUGCAUCUACAAGCGUCUGUGUGUGCUGAUCAGAGACAACGUGGUGAAGCGUUGGAACGUGAAAAGUGGCUGCAGGCACUGACCGAAUUGUUGUCUGAAGCAGCUCUUCCGGCCGUCUGUGGUGUCGGGAGUGAAGAAGGGAACCUCGCUCUGAAACGCUUGGCCAAAGGACGGCGAGCCACCACAUUGCGCAAGCAUGUGCGUACCUGGCGGCGGGUAGCUUUCUGGGUUAAGGCCACUUUCGGCGUCUCGUGGCCGUCAGGAGAACAAUUUGCUGCGUAUCUAUAUUCUCGGGCGGCGGAACCUUGUGGUCGCACAGUCCCUGGAUCUUGCUUGAAGACCCUUAUGUUUAUGGAAUCUGCAGGAGAAUUAUCGGAGCAUCUCAAAAUCAGCAACCUCCCAGCGGUUCGUAACAGCCUGGAGGAGUUGGCGUUGGAACUGAGUGCCAAGAACCCGCAGGGGCGCAAACAAGCACGCCAGCUCCUGACGUCGCAGGUGUGCGCCAUGGAGCGACUUGUGGUGCUGGGAACUGCGCCGCGUUUUGUAAGGGCUUUUGCGUGGUUGAAACUUGUUAAGUUAUGGGGUGGCCUGCGUUAUUCGGACACCGAAGGUAUGCCGUUCAAUGGCAUGCGUCUGGAGUCGCGCGGUCUUUAUGCUCGGCUCGAUCGCACGAAGACCAGCGGAGCCGGGAAAAGGAUCGAAGUUCUUCACAUGUAUAUCUCCACGAAAGCCUGGCUUUCAGAAGCAGAUUGGUUGCGCUGUGGGUGGCAGCUCUGGGUGGAGCUGAGCAACGAAGCUGGCAUCUCUGACAGGGAUUUCUUCCUGACUCGUCCUUGUUCAGGUCUUGACGGCUGCACGAGCAAGAUGGCCCGCUAUUGCCAUGCGGCGGCGAUGUCUCAGGCCUUGUUCCAGGUGCUGGAAGCGACGUCUUCUUUCGUGGUCGAGAUUGGAGAAGCCGCCAAUACGAAGCUUCUUCCGAUGGGCGCUGGCACCGUUUGGAGUGAACAUUCAGAAAGGGCAACACUGCGCACUUGGGCGGCUUCCUGUGGAGUUGACGAACUUGCCAGUAGGCAGAUGGGGCGGUGGAUGCCGUCUACAGACGAAUCCUACAUCCGCUCUAUUCGAGGCAACGUAGAGAAGGCCCAGGAACGCAUCGCACGGAAGAUCAAAGCCGGCUUGGGCGGCCCGGACUUCCUGGACGAAAACAGUGUUCUGUCGCAUGUGUCAGCUCGCCUGGAGGAGCUGGGGCUGGCGGAGGUGGAGAGGGACCAAUGUUUAGCGACGUUGAAGUCUUUCGAUGAGGAGCGGGAUGCAAGCGUUGACUCUGCCACUGACAGCGAGUCUUGUUCUUCCGCGAGUUCUGUGGCACUGUUGGCGCAUGAUGAGUCAGCGCGUGAUCCGCAUGAUCGCAGCCAUUUGGGUCACUACUUUGUGAGCGUCGUGGGGCACUGCAAGCGAAGGACUCUACAUAAAGGAGGUGAGUGUCAUCGGGUUCCUGGUGUGCAUUAUCGCGAGUUUGUGGACUGUGGAUCGGAGAUGCCGACGGUGUCCGACUACGAUCAUGCAUGCAGAGACUGUUUUCCACAGGGGACACGGCAGCUGUCGGAGGAUAGCGAAGACGAGGCGGACUCCUCUGCAACCUCGGCGUCUUCUUGA